GUUCAACUCCGGGAUUGGUCGCAAGUAGGGAGCUUUCGCCACUACACCGGGACCCUCAGACUGUGCCUGCGCCGCACUCGGGCUGUCCUCGGCGCUCGGAGCAGAGCCCAGGUGCAGAGACUCACUCUGGGCUACAGACUUUCCUGACAGAUGAAACACUGGCCGAACCCACUUGGACUCUUUUGCAACUUUAUGUAAAAGAAUAAACCUUCAUGCUGAGGAAUCACGGCAUGUUGUCUCCAAGGGCUGUCCUGAAAGAGUAAAGGUUGGACAGAACCUGAAAGGAGCAUCCACUCUCUCCGCGCGUUCCUGGACUCGGAACUCCUUUGACCUCGGAAACCGAAGAUGAGGUUGCCAUGGGAACUACUGGUCCUGCAAUCUUUCAUGUCGUGUCUGGCAGAUGACUACGCACUGCAUGGGCCUGUCUUCCUUCAAGAGCCAAGCCAUGUCAUCUUCCCUUUGGAUUCUGAGGAGAAAAAAGUGAAGCUCACUUGUGAAGUUAAAGGGAAUCCCAAACCUCAUAUCAGGUGGAAGUUAAACGGAACGGAUGUUGACCUGGGUAUGGAUUUCCGCUACAGUGUUGUUGAAGGCAGUUUGUUGAUCAAUAACCCCAAUAAAACCCAAGAUGCUGGAACAUACCAGUGCAUAGCAACAAACUCGUUUGGAACAAUCGUUAGCCGAGAAGCCAAACUUCAGUUUGCUUAUCUCGAGAACUUCAAGACCAGGACGAGGAGCACGGUGUCCGUCCGCCGGGGUCAGGGGAUGGUACUGCUGUGCGGCCCACCAGCCCAUUCCGGAGAGCUGAGCUAUGCCUGGAUCUUCAAUGAAUACCCUUCCUAUCAGGAUAAUCGCCGUUUCGUGUCUCAAGAGACUGGAAAUCUGUACAUUGCCAAAGUAGAAAAAUCAGAUGUUGGGAACUAUACCUGCGUGGUUACUAAUACUGUGACAAACCACAAGGUCCUGGGGCCACCCACACCACUGAUAUUGAGAAAUGAUGGGGUGAUGGGCGAAUAUGAGCCCAAAAUUGAAGUGCAAUUCCCAGAAACGGUUCCCACCGCCAAAGGAGCCACGGUCAAGCUGGAAUGCUUUGCUUUGGGAAACCCGGUACCAACGAUUGCCUGGCGAAGAGCUGAUGGAAAGCCCAUAGCAAGGAAAGCCAGAAGACACAAGUCCAACGGAAUUCUCGAAAUUCCCAAUUUCCAGCAGGAGGAUGCUGGUGUCUAUGAGUGUGUGGCCGAGAAUUCCAGAGGCAAAAACGUAGCCAGGGGGCAGUUGACUUUUUAUGCUCAACCUAAUUGGAUCCAAAAAAUAAAUGAUAUCCACGUGGCCAUGGAAGAAAAUGUGUUUUGGGAAUGUAAAGCCAACGGGAGGCCCAAACCGACGUACAGAUGGCUGAAAAAUGGCGAACCCCUGUUAACUCGGGAUAGAAUUCAAAUCGAGCAAGGAACGCUCAACAUAACAAUAGUGAAUCUCUCAGAUGCCGCGAUGUAUCAGUGUGUGGCAGAGAAUAAACAUGGAGUUAUCUUUUCCAGUGCGGAGCUUAGCGUCAUAGCUGUUGGUCCGGAUUUCUCAAGAACACUCUUGAAGAGAGUAACCCUCGUCAAAGUGGGAGGGGAAGUUGUCAUUGAGUGUAAGCCAAAAGCUUCUCCGAAACCUGUCUACACUUGGAAAAAGGGGAAGGACAUACUCAGAGAAAAUGACAGAAUCACCAUUUCUGAAGAUGGGAACCUCAGAAUCAUCAACGUGACUAAAUCAGAUGCUGGGAGCUACACCUGCAUCGCCACCAACCAUUUUGGAACGGCUAGCAGUACGGGAAACUUGGUCGUGAAAGAUCCCACGAGGGUGAUGGUCCCCCCUUCCAGUAUGGACGUCACGGUUGGAGAGAGCAUCGUCUUGCCGUGCCAGGUGACCCACGAUCACUCCCUGGACAUCGUGUUCACGUGGUCCUUUAACGGACACCUGAUAGACUUCGACAGAGACGGGGACCACUUUGAAAGAGUCGGAGGGCAGGAUUCAGCUGGAGAUUUGAUGAUCCGAAACAUCCAACUGAAGCAUGCUGGGAAAUACAUCUGCAUGGUCCAGACAAGUGUGGACAAGCUCUCUGCCACUGCAGACCUGAUCGUAAGAGGUCCUCCAGGUCCCCCGGAGGCUGUGACCAUAGACGAAAUCACGGACACCACGGCUCAGCUCUCCUGGAGACCCGGGCCCGACAACCACAGCCCAAUCACCAUGUACGUCAUUCAAGCCAGGACUCCUUUCUCCGUGGGCUGGCAAGCAGUUAGCACAGUCCCAGAACUCAUUGAUGGGAAGACGUUCACAGCAACAGUGGUGGGUUUGAACCCUUGGGUGGAGUAUGAAUUCCGCACCGUCGCAGCCAAUGUGAUUGGCAUUGGGGAGCCCAGCCGGCCCUCAGAGAAACGGAGGACAGAAGAGGCCCUUCCCGAAGUCACCCCAGCCAACGUCAGUGGUGGUGGAGGCAGCAAAUCUGAAUUGGUCAUCACCUGGGAGACAGUGCCUGAGGAGCUACAGAACGGCAGAGGCUUUGGGUACGUGGUGGCCUUCCGGCCCCACGGGAAAAUGAUCUGGAUGCUGACGGUGCUGGCCUCGGCCGAUGCCUCCAGAUACGUGUUCAGGAACGAGAGCGUGCGCCCCUUCUCUCCGUUCGAGGUGAAGGUGGGCGUCUUCAACAACAAAGGCGAAGGCCCCUUCAGCCCCACCACGCUGGUGUACUCUGCAGAGGAAGAACCCAGCAAACCACCAGCCACCAUCUUCGCCAGAAGUCUUUCUGCCACUGAUAUCGAAGUGUUCUGGGGCUCGCCGCUGGAGAAGGAUAGAGGGCGGAUAGAAGGUUAUGAGGUUAAAUACUGGAGACACGAUGACAAGGAAGAAAAUGCUAGAAAAAUACGAACUGUGGGCAAUCAGACCUCGACCAAAAUCACCAAUUUAAAGGGCAGCGCGCUGUAUCACUUGGCCGUCAAGGCGUAUAAUUCCGCUGGGACGGGCCCCUCCAGCGCCACGGUCAAUGUCACCACCAGAAAGCCACCACCCAGCCAACCUCCCGGAAACAUCAUAUGGAAUUCAUCGGACUCCAAAAUUAUCCUGAAUUGGGAUCAAGUGAAGGCCCUGGAUAAUGAGUCAGAAGUAAAAGGAUACAAAGUCUUGUACAGAUGGAACAGGCAAAGCAGCACAUCUGUCAUCGAGACAAAUAAGACAUCCGUAGAGCUUUCUCUACCUUUCGAUGAGGAUUACAUAAUAGAGAUCAAGCCAUUCAGUGACGGAGGAGACGGAAGCAGCAGCGAACAAAUCCGAAUUCCAAAGAUAUCAAAUUCCUACGCGCGAGGAUCCGGGGCUUCCACUUCCAACGCGUGUACCCUGUCAGCCAUCAGCACCAUCAUGAUCUCCCUCACAGCCAGAUCUAGUUUAUGACGAAAGUUCUCGCAAGGACUUGCUGUUUAUACUAUAAGCAACAUUUAGCUAGUUGUUUUGAAGACACCCAGUACUAAGUAAUAUUGUUGUUCGAGUACAUCUUAUUACUGGAAAAAAAAAUGUGUUUGCUUCUUUAGGAAUGGCAUUAUACAGUACUUCCUCAAAGCAAAUCUAGCUUUGUCUGAAGUUUCUUUGGAAACUCUGCAAUGCACUGAAGACAUCUGUAAUAUGAUGUUACCAAAGCAGUUUACAUGUCCUUAUAUGCAUAUUUUUUAUUAUAUAUUUAGUGUUUUAUAGAAUUUUUUAAAGUUAACAUAUAAUGUAGAUAUUAAUUUUUUUCCUCUGCUGUAAAAUGCUAUGAGCAACACAACCAUACAAUUAUGAUUUGAAAAUACUUCCUUUAAAGACAGAGUUGGAAACUCAUCUUGGUAAAUACAUUGCAAAUUACUUGUACAGUUUUACAAGGCUCUAGUGGCAAAACGACUUGGUCUCUGAAACCAAGGCUGCUGUACAUAAAUUACUCUCUGAAUGGUUAAUGCAUUGAAUCAAGUCCUUUUGACACAUAUCAUACGGUUUCUUGCCCCCAGUGUGAAUUUUGUUGUUCAACAGAACUUGAGAUGGUUUCAGGAAUGGUUGCAGAUCUCAAAAGCUAAACUUUUUGGCCCAGAGGCAUCUUGUACAAUAUUCUCACCCCUGAAUUUAUCAUCGUAUGGUUAAGACUUUUCUUUUCACUCAACUAAGUUAACCUUGUCUUCGUAGUAGCAUUAUCUUAGACAUCAAAUUUGAACUUGCAUAGCCUGUAGUAACAUAGACCCAAAGUUACUAUAGUCAACCAAGUCUUUUCAAAGGAUAAAAAUAAUAAUAAUAAUUUUACUGUCUUUCCAUGUACCUUUUUGGAAUGUAAAUUUUAAAAGAAGAUGUCAAUUCUCCAUCAAUGGUUUCAUAAUUUCUUUGCGCAAUUUCUUAUAUAUGCUAUGUCUCUCUGUGUAAUAAUAGAGCCCUUGUUUUGAAUCAUGGUCAUUUAUGCAGUUUGGAAGAUUUCUCCUGUUCCAGCAAAAUAAUUGCUGCAACGAAUUUUUCAUAUGACUCUAUAAAAGAUCUUUAGUACAACUGUCUGGUAUCUUGAUGAUGCUCUUGCUUUGCAAUAGCUAGCCGGGUUGCUUUAUGAGCUUUACCUUCUAAGUCUCAAAAUUACACGUUGGAAAAUGACAAUAUCAACAAAAUCAUAUUCUUAUCAAAAGAGCUAUUUGUUAUAAUGGGAGAGGUUUUGUAAAUGGGCACUCGUGGAAUGGUACUAUAAAAGCUAAUGAAAUUUUCUAUAAAAACUUUGACUUGUAAACACACUGCCGCCUUCUCUUCUUUCUCAGAGAUCUCUCAAAAUUUGCCUGUCAUUGGUCGGUUUUGCUUACCAAGAAUACAAGUUAAACUUUUCAACCUUCUAGUUACAGUGAUCCAAGAGAGUCACGAUCAGGAGUCCACUUGUGUAAAAAUCAGGUAACUGGGAAAAAAAUAUAUAUAUACAUAUAUUGUCAGUAUUUCAAGCUGUGUUCCUUUCUUAGUUUGAUAUGAUUACUUCUCUGUUCAAAUAAAAUUUAAAAUCACAUGCAAAAAAAAAUCAACAAAAUCAUAAAACGAAUUAAAAAAAUGGCACCCCAGGUAGUUCCCACCCCCGCAGUGUAAA